UCUCUUAAAGGAAAGGUUGGUGGCGCGGAGCCGCCCGUACAGACUGUGUGGGGAGACGUAGCCCCAGUUUGGAAUGGCGAACCUGGCCCCGAAGGGACUGCGGUGUCAGUUACGUAUUUUCAUUCUUCACGAAUUUUCACGUAUUGCUGUUUCCAUAGGGAAGGCGGGGAAACCGUAGCUUAGAGAGAUCGUUCAGUGGCAGAAGCGGGGUUCGGCCUGGUCAGCCGAGGUCAAUGGCCAGGCCCCUUGUACUCUUCCUCAGAGCGGGUUGGGGUCUCCGGAGCGUUGAUGGGACGUUUUAUUGUCAGAUCCCGUCAGGUGUGUCGUGUUCCGCGGGAGCAGGCGCUGGCCCCUGGAGCAUCCCUCGGGACCGGACGUGCGGUGGACGAUGCCCCUCCUCACCCAGCACGUCCAAGAUGAGAAUGAUCAGUACAGCUUAGUGGCCAGCCUGGACAACGUUAGGAAUCUCUCCACUGUCCUGAAAGCCAUUCAUUUCCGAGACCAUGCCANNNAUUUCGCUACUAAAAAUGGAAUCAAGGUUACAGUGGAAAAUGCAAAGUGUGUGCAAGCGAAUGCUUUUAUUCAGGCUGGGAUAUUUCAAGAAUUUAGGGUUCAGGAAGAGUCUGUUACUUUUCGAAUUAAUUUAACUGUCCUUCUAGACUGUUUAUCUAUUUUUGGAUCAAAUCCUAUGCCAGGGACUUUAACUGCACUUCGGAUGUGUUACCAAGGCUAUGGUUACCCUUUGAUGCUGUUUCUGGAAGAAGGAGGAGUGGUGACUGUCUGCAAAAUCAAUACUCAGGAGCCUGAGGAGACUCUGGAUUUUGAUUUCUGCAGCACCAAUGUAAUUAAUAAAAUUAUUCUGCAGUCAGAGGGGCUCCGUGAAGCAUUUUCCGAGUUGGAUAUGACAAGUGAGGUCCUCCAGAUUACCAUGUCUCCUGACAAGCCUUAUUUCAGGUUAUCUACUUUUGGAAAUGCAGGAAGUUCCCACCUUGACUAUCCUAAAGAUUCUGAUUUGAUGGAAGCAUUUCAUUGUAAUCAAACCCAGGUCAACAGAUACAAGAUUUCUUUACUAAAACCCUCUACAAAGGCAUUAAUCCUAUCUUGUAAGGUAUCGAUUCGGACAGAUAACCGAGAAUUUCUCUCAUUACAGUACAUGAUUAGAAAUGAAGAUGGACAAAUAUGUUUUGUGGAAUAUUACUGCUGCCCUGACGAAGAAGUUUCUGAGUCUUGAGUGUGACAAUUCACUGUAAUAUUUAUAUGUACAUUUAUGAUAGGCUAAGUUCUCAUUCUGAGUACUAUACUCUUCAUAAUUUUUUAGUGGAUUUUCUAUAAAGUAGUAUGGAGAAGUUAGGAGCAAGUUCCCUGUACCUUAAUAGUUGCUAUGUACU